AUGGAAGGGGAUGUUCUAGAUUUGGAAGCAUCUCAUGUUCAAUAUGGAGAUACAGUUCAGAAGCUAGUUGGCAGGGUGUUGACGGACAAGAUAUUAAACACGGUCACAGUGCGCAAAACGAUCUUCAAUAUGUGGGGAGAUCCACAGGGCCUGGUGAUCACCAAUGCAGGACAAAACUGCUUCAUCUUGAACUUCAAAAGUCAGGAGGAAGCUAGGAGAGCUCAUGAAGGUGGACCAUGGAGGAUUGAAGGGCACAUGCUGAGUCUGCAAUGGUGGAGAUCAAACCUGUCAAUUAAUGAGGUAAAUUACAAUCAACUUCCUAUCUGGGUUCAGAUACAUGGUUUACCUUAUGAUAAAAUCAAUAUUAAAAAUACGGAGAAAAUAGGAGCCAUAAUAGGGAGAGUGAUAAGUGAUGAAGAUCCUUUUGUUGAAGGAAACAUGCUAAGAUCCUUUCUGAGGGUCAGAGUGGAGAUAAAUGUUCAAGAACCACUGAAAACUGGGUUUUGGUUUAAAAGGGAUGAUAGAAGCCAUUCUUGGGCUGAAUUCAAAUAUGAAAAGCUGUAUGAUUAUUGUUAUAAGUGUGGGAGAAUUGGGCAUGACAAAAGAGUGUGUGAAGAGGAGCUAGUGAGGUCACCAGUGAAUCCAGAAAUUCCCAGAUAUGGGCCUGAACUUACAACGGCAGGGCUGAGGUCGAUAGAAAAUGAGGCAAGAAAGGCAGGCAUCAGGAGGAGAAAGGAGGAACAAAACAAUUGGGUGGAGGAGCUGUGGGAGGCGCGUGAAAGAAGCCUGCAAGGAAGGGAGUGGCUGAUAAGACAGGCGCAGAGAGAUAGAGGGGAGUCAGGGCUAGGGGGCGUGAGAAGUUCUCAAGCAAGUGCCUCUGCCAAAUCUUGGGACAGAUCAGCAAAUCCAAAAGAACAAAUGGGAGAGGGACAAGUGGCAGCACAAGAAAUGCAAGAUCAACAUGAGGGACCUGAUGAAGAGAGAAUGAACGGUGGGAAGCACAACAAUAUAGUCAGACUAAAGGAAGACAGGACAGCAAAUCAUAGAAAAGGGAGAAAGGAAGGGGCCAGCCCACAAAAUCAGCAAGCCAGUGAGUCAGUAACAAUGGAAAACGUGAAGAAGGCCAAGGAAAAAGAUAAAAAAACAGAUGAGAAUGAGGAGGAAAGCAGCAUGAUUCCUAGGAAGCAUGAAGAAAAAAGUGGGCCAAGCAUGAGGAAAAUAGAUAGUGAAAGAAGAAGGACAUAG